AUGCAUAUCUCGACCAUUUCUCUCCUAGCGGCAUUGGCCGGUAGCACUAUCGCUCACCUCGCUCUUCCGUUUGCUUUCCAGAGCGCUGAUGCUGCCAAACCGCCUUCGUCACAUCAACCCAUCGGCGGCCACGGCUGCUCGGUGAGCAGCCGUGCACCUGGACCUCAGAGCGCCAAGCGCGGUCAGUACACUCUCAAGUGGCAGGAUGGCGCAGUGUGUCCCUCGCACGGAGAACAGCAGUGGACAGGCACCAUCGACGUGAGCAACCACCGCCGCCUGUUUUUCUGGGCCUUUGAGAGCCGCAACGAUCCGGAAAACGACCCCGUCAUCUUCUGGAUGCAUGGAGGGCCUGGUGAAUCGUCCAUGGCCGCCGUCUUCACAGAAAUUGGCCCUUGCAUGUUCCGCGACGACGGCAUCGAUAUCCCCGAGCCGAACCCUUGGUCCUGGAAUAAAAAUGCCAAUCUAGUAUUUAUCGACCAGCCUGCCGGUGUCGGAUUUUCCAGCAUUGCUCGAGGUGGAAAGCUACCUGCCAGAGAUAUGGACGGCGCCGAAGACUUUCAAGAGUUCCUCAACAUCUUCUUCCGCGAUGUGUUCCCGAGAAAGGCGCACCUGCCCAUCCACAUUGCCACCGAGAAAUAUGGUGGCCAUUGGGGUCCGACUUAUAUUGAUCAUAUUCUGACAUCUCGCCAAAGAAAUACACCGACUGCGUUUUGGGGCAACAUUACCUCCAUGAUUCUGGUUAAUCCUAUGAUUGAUUACGGGGGGCUCAUCCCAGGCUUCUUCCAGCUGCUAUGCAAAGACAAACGUGGCGAGGGCAUUAUGUCAGAAGAUCAGUGCGUGGACAUGCUUGAAGCUCUACCAAAUUUUGAGGCAUUGGCUCGUGAAUGCCGGCAAACAUUGGAUGUCGAGAAAUGCGCAGCUGUUCCCGCUUAUGCGGAGACAAACAUCACGGCUUACUAUCGUGACCUAGUUGAACAGGGCGAACGCAGUCCUGAUCACCUCUACAACCCUUGCAUGGACCCCCCAGACUGCCAUCGUCCAGAGAUGGGCAAUAUAACGGAGUAUCUGAACCGCAGAAUAGUGAAGUUGAAGAUCGGGUUUCCUGAAUGUUUUAAUUUUACCGAAAAGAAUGAUUUUAUAGAAUCGGCUUAUUUCUUUGCUGAGUCCCCCUGGAUUCCUACUACACAAAAGGUCGCGGCCAUUCUCGAUGCAUACAAGAGGCCCAAAAUAAUUUUCGAUGGUUCGAGCUUCGGCGAUGUUCGUGUCCUGGUCCUCAACGGAAAUUUGGAUCCCUUUGGCAAUACUCAGGGCAACAUGGAUCAGUUCGACAAGAUAAACUGGAGCCGCAAGAUCGAGUACCGCAUUGCGGCCUGGCAAGCUCUCAACAAGAAAGAAUUCAAGUCAACGGGAUUAUGGAAGGGAACCAAGGAUGGAAGACUUGUGUUUGUGGGUGUCGACAAUGCCGGAGGCAUGGUGCCAACAGACGCCCCAGAGACGAGCUAUCAUAUUCUAGAUCGAUGGCUGCGCAACGAUUGGUGA